AGAGAUAGAGUAAGAGCAAGUCAGGUUAAGGCUGGACUCGGUCCGGUUAACAACAACUUGCAUUUAUAUUGCACCACUCACGCAGGGUAGCAUCCCAGUGCGCUUGACAUUGGCGGAGCACGACGCUGAGGGUCAGGUUAACACUCGGGGUCAGGGUCAGGUUAAUACUCGCUCAGAAAGUCUGCUACGAGAAUGGCAGAAAGAAUGGGCAGGAAAGAAGAUAACGACAAUGAAGAGCUGCAGGAAGAAAGCACGCCUGUUUCGGGAGAGGAUGCUCAGCAUCGCAAGUCCAGUGUGUUUGAGGAAAACGCGUUUGAAGAGAUUCUAAAGGAACGACUAAAUGAAAGUGUUCUACAAGUUGUCCAUAUUGAUAAGAAAGAACUGGACGAAGAGGAUGAGGAUGUUUUUGAGGAACCUUUGAGUUGGAAACCUAGUCUAUUAAAACAAAGAUUUGCUAAUACCUAUAAAUUGGGUCCAGAUAAGAUGUUUAGUUAUGGUGCCGUGUCAAGAAAAAUUGAAGAGUUCUUAAAGGGCAAACUUAAGGAUGUGAAAUAUGAGGGUAAACGAUGUAAGACAUUGAGUCUUUCCAUGUCUGAUGACAUCAAAUAUCUCAUAAAAGAUAUGGGAACUGGUCGAUACAAAAUCAUUGCUAGAAUUUUUCUUGGAGAAAAGCAAGGCCAAGGUGUAACAAUUGCCAGCAGAUGUGUCUGGGAUCCGGAAAAGGACACUUGGUGUGCAUCUGUCUUUGAGAACAGCUCAAUAUUUGCAGUGGCAAUGGUAUUUGCUGUGUAUUUCGAGUAGCAGAAAUCCAAAAUUUACCAUUUAUCUUGAAAUGUUUAAAACAUCUUAA